AUGUCCCAUAGGGAGAGCACGUAUAUUCAUGGACAUGAUGAAGAGCUCUUUAAAAUUAAAAAGCCGUCCUUCAAAGAAGUGACUUUCAGAAUCCAAAAGAAGGAAAGUCUACCGUCUCCACAGAGAGAAGUUGAGGAGAGCAAAAAAGCUGAUAACUCUGAAGUUCCUCGUGAAGAAGAGGAGGAAGAUGAGACUCAUUCUUCCCUUAGCGAGGACAACAACAGCUCAGACUCGGAAACUGAAUCCAGCCCUUCAGAGAGAAGGAAGGAUUUAUCAGCAGGCAACAUUCCCGAUGCAGGUAGCAUUGAGGCCGCUCGAAGGAAGCGUCACUUAGCCAGGACCCAAGCUGAUUAUCUGCCCUUGGAUGUUUUGAACAACGAUCAUGUGUCUCGGAGAAGAGCAAGCUCUGAUUUAGAGAGUGAAGAUGACGCUGAUAUACAGCAUCUCAAUUUUGCUCCUAAAGCAAGAACUCUUAGGCAGAGGAUGGCUGAACACAUAGUGUCUGAGGAUGAUGGAUUGAGUGAAGAUGAAAUGCAAAUCAAGUGGGAAGAGCAGCAAAUAAAGAAAGCUGUCAAACUAUCUCAGGAUCUCUAUGAUGGUGCUUCUCUGCAUAAAUCUAAACCAGCAAAACCUAAGUUUGACCCUUCUGUUUCUCUGCCACCUGUGACCUUGGAUAUUGUAAAGAAGCGACUGACUGAAAGGAUAACGUCAUUGCAGGAUGUGCACCGUGCCCACCAGAGGGAGUAUGAAAAAUAUAUGGAGGAUGUUGAAAGUUCAAAGAUGUCUGUCCAGGAAUUAGAGAAGUCUUCAAAUGCAUCCCAGAAUUACAAAUUCUAUCGCGCUAUGAAAACAUAUGUAGAAAACUUGAUAAACUGUUUGAAUGAAAAG